AUGAAGCUUCUUCGUAUGUUUUAUGUUCUCUGUUUUCUCGUACCUUUCACGCUGUCGAUGAAAACAGAUUUCUCCCGAUCCAUCCCGAUCAACGACGCUGCCAAGCAGGGGAUGGAGCGCAUCCUCUCAAAAAACGUGGUCGACGACCUUCAAGAAGACCAAAGCUUGCCGGACCCGGAGAACCAUUCGAAACAGGAGGAGGGCAUGGAGGGCAUGGGUGACCUCGGCCGGAACUUGGAGUUCAUGAUGAUGAAGAUCGCCCAGCUGGAGACGGUCGUGGAACUCCAGCAGCUGCAGAUCAAAGACAUGAACGAGUGGAGGAAAGCCCACAUGAGCCAGGAACACAACGAUUCUCAGCAGCAGCCUCCUUCCACCCAGGAGGUGCAGCUGGCGGCAAAGACCAAAAUCCGUCAGGCGCAUGACACCCUGAAGGGCGUCCUCCGUAAGCACAAGAAGCAGCUGGAGACACGCACCUUCGCAACCAAAGCCCACGAGACGCAACAACCGCAAAAGCAGCCGCAACAACCGCAGGCAGUGCCGAGGAACUCCACAGAGGCGGCGCCAGGCGAAGCUGGGAAGGCUCUGCUGCAGCGCUCCGAGCGUGGAGAGGAGGGGCGGUCCUUGGAUGCGACCGUGAACUCCAAGUUUGUCGAAACCUUCACCUCAGGUACCGGCAUGAUUGGGGAUGCGCUCGGAGACGCCUACGAGCGAGCCAAGGAUCCAGUUGCCUUUGUGGCCGAGACCGUCGUGGACACUGUGGAGAUGGCUGUGGACAUUUUGUCUCGCGGCUUCACGGAUUUCGACGCUGAUUGCAGCCCUCGCUCCGCGCCUGGCGUCCAGGUGGACGAGAGAGGCUUUGGCGUGUCUUUCGGAAGGCAGAAGUGCUGGUUUCGGCUCAUGGGCCAGCAGCUGACGCUGUUCGACUUCAAUUUCGGCACGAAGCGCGUGAAUUGGCCAGCGCCAAUCAAGAUGGCUAUUACAAUUGGCAAGGGCCUGGCAAACUGUCGGGGCGGUUUUGGCGAUGUCAUGAAGUGCAUCGGCUCCGAGAUGGCAAACAACAUCCCUCCGUUGAAGGCCGUACUCACCAUGGGCGACGAGCUGUCGAAAUGUGCAAAGAGAAGCAACGCCGGCGACGUCAUCAAGUGCCUGGGCAUGCGCAUCGUGCAGACAGUGCCGCCCCUGAGCUUCCUGAACAAGAUGAGCGAAAUGCUUACCGAAUACUUGCAGGGCUUUGCCCGCACUGCUGCCACGGUCGCCGGCCAGGCCCUCAAGGACGGCGUCGCUCUCAUCCAGGACGCCUCUGUGUCUACAUUCCCCCAAGCGGGCACGGCCCCGGUCGUGAAGCACGAGAGCAGGAACUUCAUGAUCCAGACCCACUCACAGCGGGCCCUGGGGGGCUUCAGCCGGGAAAGGUCGGCCACUGAAGGAGAUGACGACCCACCGACGGAUGGACUUGGCUUCAAGGUUGGUGUUGAGGGCAGCAACUAUGCCUCGAAGCUCAUCACCCAGUUCGGUGGCCGUGAGACGGACACCAGCUCCUGCCUGGCCUUUGCCCCGCAGUCGCGGCGCUCUCGCAAGACGCGGAGUGACUGGCAGGUGUCGAAUAAGGACGAUUUCAUCAAACUGGAGCCGUACGCCGUGCCCUGCGGCGUCGGCUGGAUGAAGUCAAACCCCACGAAGUGGGAGGGCUACGCGUUUUACACGUCUGAGCUGGCCAUCGAAAAGUGCCUCACGGUGACCUACAAGAUGAAUGCGCAGCCUGUCUUAGCCUUCGUGGGUGGCCUGCAGUUCGACGUGAUGCCGGGACCCCUGGCCUCGGUGGAUGCCCAAGUCUGCUGGCCCCUCGGAAACCCGGAUGGCAUGGAUCUGACGCAGCUGAAGACAGUGAUCCGCUCAUGUGGAGUCACGCUCUUCAGUCGCACGCUGCGCUUAAGCAAGCGGUUUGGGAGCAGCACGGACUUUGAGGGCCAGAAUACGUACGGCAGCACGGCCACCUGGAUUCGCCCUGCCAACCCUCGGGAGUCCAUGAGCCGGACCAAGCUCCUGGAGACCAACAGCAGCGUCCGCCCAGAAGAAUUGGCAUCCAUGAAUGCUAGCAAGGCACCGGAGGCGCAGCUGCAGUGGGAGGCUCCGAUGGAGGACCUGUACUUGGCCUCGUUGGAUUUGGGUCCAGAUCUCGGCCUGAAGACCCACUCCAAGCUAAGGGGCAAGGCAGUGGCCCGGCGGCUGAAGGGCGAACAAAGUGGCGAACAGAUGGCAGAGGAGGAGCUUUUGGGCCUGAGCUCCUCGGGCAGCUCCUCGCUUUUCCAGCUCUUCAGCUUCAAGCACCCGGGCAACAUCAACUUCCAGCUCAAGGGCCUGCUGGACGGCAACAGCCUCGAGCUCGGCAUGCGCAUGGGCUUCGGGCCUUUCGAGUCCGAGGAGAAGAGGCUCAAGCUCGUGGACAUCGUAGACCAGUUCGCUGUGACACUGAACGCUCUGCCGUUCGUGUCCUCGAAGAGCACGGAGAAGGCUUUGGAUGCCCUCCGCUCCUUCUCCACAAACUAUGUGCCGCCCACGGUCUUCGAGCCGGGCACCAUGGUCGCCCUCUACAGCAAGAAGCACGAGCGAUACAUCAAGGUCUCGAACAGGCGACGAGGCAGAGAUCUGGGGUCGACCGGAAAAAUGAAGGCUCGAGACCUGAAGAAAACGUGGGAUCGCGAGUACUUCACCGUCGUGGAUGCAGGCAACGGGGAAGUCGCAUUUCACAACCCGAGGUUCAACCGCUUCAUCAGGAUGGCGAGUAAGACGAACAUGGACAUGAGCGGCGACAGGGCCACGCUCCCAGCCACCGGUUGGAAAUCUGAGCGAUUCACGCCUGUGAAUGCGGGUAAAGGCGAGAUCGCUCUUUAUUGCCGAGCACAUCGCCGCUUCGUGCAGAUGCGGCCGGAUGGCUCCAUGAGGCCGAAAGACAAAGACUUGAACGCAGACGACUUGUCUCCCAAUUGGACAUUCGAGCGCUUCACCGUGGUCCAGGGCCAUCCUUACUUUUACCUGGAGCCCGGGUCUGUCGUUGCUUUCCGGUGCAACAAGCACCACCGCUUCAUGCGCAUGAAUGGGGAAGACAUGUCUCGCAGUGCGAUCCAUGGAUUCUACAAACCCAGUUCGGUUCGGUCGUACACGUAUUUCAAGGUAGUAGAUGCGGGGGGCGGUCUCAUUGCUCUUCACAGUGCCAAGUACAAUCGCUUCGUGGCAAUGACAAGCGACGGCAAGGUGAGGGCCAGCGCCAAAAAGUCUGCGCUCGAGCUGCCCGACGACUGGGUCAGCCUGAAGUUCGCGGUGGUGCCGGCUGGGAACGAGCAGAUUGCUUUGCAUAACCCCUGGAGGGGCCGCUUCAUCUCCAUGUCGAGCAACGACAUGGUGUCAAGUGGGAGCAAGAAAGCACAGGACUUGCCUGGCCACUGGAGCUGGGAACGAUUCAAGGUUUACCUGGUAUCCAGCCCCUCGAGAGCGUCGAGCCAGACAGGGGCCUUUGAGGGUGCUGGUUCCGAUUGA